GCUCUGACUGCUACCAUGGAAACGUUGUUGCGUGUCGAAACAGCCUUUAUUAAUCUCGAAACUAUACUUUUCCAAAUUGUGUCUAAAUUGUACAUUUAUCAAAAAUAGCUGCAAUAAUGUGAAUUCAACAGUGUUUGGUUUGUUUUAGCACAAUAAAUAUCGGGCGUAUGUAAAAAUUUGUGUCAUUUUACUCAGGCACUGCUGUAAGUGUCACUGUCAGAGUAUGGGCAAGCAAAGGCGCUUAACAUGGAAACACCAAUGGUGUCGUUUUCUGUUAAACUUCGCUGAACAGUCUAAAAUGACACUAGGUCGCUUAUAACUCGUCUCAACUAACGCUCAACGUUGAGUUUAGCGUUGUUUCGAGCGACUUAAAAUGGUCCAACCGUCAACCUGCUUUGCCAUUGCUUCGAGAAACUGCUGCUUAAGUGAUGUCUCGACUCGUCAAGAAAUCUCCCUCUCUUUGUACGGAUCUACCGCUGGACAACACGGAUAUUCGUAACAAGCUUAAUUUGCUGAGGCAGGUUCUGACAUCUUGUUUUGGUCCGACAGGUAGACUAAAACAAGUUCAUAACAACAUUGGAGGGCACGUUAUUACCACCUCGACUUCCUCAGUUCUCCUUCCAGCCAUUUCCUCUUCACAGCCUUUUGUCAAUCUGCUAAAAACCUCGAUUCUCAACCACGUUUCUCGUUUCAGUGACUGUGGUUUGUUUGCUGCCAUUCUUUGUCUGACUCUUAUUGAGCGAGCAAAGCAAUCUGGCCUCGGAGGAAAUGUGGCCAUCAGACUGAACAAGCAUUUGCUGGGUCUGUGCGCCAGUUACCUACAACGAGAAGACUGCGGUUGCAAAGUGAAGCUCGACUUCUGCAGCAGCCAGAACCUGAUCACAUUAGCUCGCAGUGUAAUCUCCAGCAAGCCAGCGUGUGUGCUAACAGAGCAAGAGACACUUCACAUCAGCAAGUUGGCUGUGCAAGCUUUUUUGCUGACUGUUCCCUGUGACAACCCAGGUACAGUCACACUGGGCAAGACAGUGACUGUCUCUGUUGAGGGCCAUUCUGUGCUAAACUCUGCAGUGUUUCCAGGUUUACUGGUGGACAUUACUGAUAUCUUUUGCCUCAAAAAGGCAGAGAACCUGAAUUCAAAUCCACUAUGUAUGGUGUUGUUCAGUGCAUCCCUUGCUGGAGACCUUUCUGAACUAGGAGAUGGGAUAAUUGAGGUGCACCCAGGUGUAGACACGGACUCACAGAUCCUGGAUCAACUCCUGGAGCUCGGCAAACAGGUAGUUAAAGAUGAGGUAAAGCUCUUCGUGUGCCAGAAGGUCAUCCACCCAGUCCUACAGCAAUACCUGAGGAGUCACGGCAUCAUUGUGAUAGAGAGACUGGGAAUCGCUCUCAUGGAGCCACUCAUUCAGCUGACAGGUGCUCAACCUGUGGCCACAUUACAUACCACAAUCCCAGCCAAGGCCUAUGGGAAAGUGAGGGCUUUCAGUAUGAGACCGUUUGGAUCCAAGACAAUGUUGCAUUUACACCCUCCAGGGGACUCGGCAAUCUGCACGAUGGUCCUCUGCCACAGGAACGAGACAAUGUUAAGUGAGCUGAAGGUGGUGUGCCAGAAGACAGAACAUGUGUUGAGGCUCACCCUGAGGGAACCAUCUGCCUUACUUGGAGGUGGGUGUACUGAGACCCACAUAGCUGCUUACAUCAGACAUAAGAGUAUGAAUGAAGCAACAGAGACGGCAUCAGUAUUAGGUUGCUCACAGACAGAGUAUCUUCUUGGUGUGGAGGGAUUCUGCCACUCUCUGGAGUCUGUGGCGGCAGCUCUGGAGCACAAUGGUGGGAAUUCUUUGAUCGACCUGAAUCAUGCUCACCACUGGACCCUCCCGGCAGAUGUGAUAGAAGAAUGCGCGGAGCAUAGCUUGGCCUUCUGUGGCUGUGGACUGGUGGAAAGUAGCCCAUGUAAGAAGUGGACUUAUCUAAACACUAAAUACACAGAGUUCUCACCUGCAUCCCUGUCUAGAGACACUACUGUGCAGCCAUGUGUGCUGGACUCCUUCACGGCUAAACUCAAUGCACUGCAAGUGGCUGUAGAAACUGCUAAUCUUGCAUUAGAUGUGAGAUAUAUAAUUCAAGAUGUGAACUAGAAGAAUAGGUAUUUUUUCUAGUGUUGGAUCUGGUUUGUGAUGAUCAAAGCGAGGAAUUAAUGCUGUUUCUACUUUUCAAAUGCAUAAUUCAGGUUAGACAGUAAUCACUGAGAAUGUCUUACCUCUAACCUAUUGCUGUGGUAUUAUACUUAACCUCUAUGUCCAGUCAUUGACUUAGUUGUCAGUAAUAUUAGUAAAAAAUACUGAUGACUAUUAAUAAUCUGUCACCCCUUUGUGAAUUUCGUUGUCUAUACGGGCUAUCCGAAAUAGCCAUCUCACCUAUACUUCCAGCCGAUUACACUUUAACAAUUUAAAAAGACCUUUAAUGAUAUCUGAGAUAAAUACAAAUUUAAUUAAUCAAAAUAAUUCAGCUUCCAUGGAACAAUUUGGAACAAAAUGGAACAAUCAAACCUUCACUAGUACAAAUCAGCAUGUUUCUGCUGCAGCUGCCUUUGGUCAGCACUAGGAGGUGCUACAACAGAUGCCGCCACAUAUUUUGUAGCCAACAUGGCACCAAAAAAAUAUCAGCAUUUUUCUGUGGUAAUUUUCCACCCUUUUUUUUCAUUAUGUUUUGCUACAUCCAAAAUAUUGCCAGUCUAAAUCCGCUGACAGCUAUGAAAAUACAAAGACUAACCUCAGCCCAUGAAGUAUUCCACCAUAACACCUCCCUGUCCGCAAUGUUUUAUGACAAGUUGUAGACAGUCUGACAGCCCAUAUCUGGUGAAAUCUGAACCAAGUUACAAUCAGUGUAGUGAGAUGUGUCAUUUGUCAUAUAUGUUGAUAAAAAAUAAACUUAUA